AUGCUGCCCGGAGCAGCUCGAUCGCCAUGCCUGCGUCUCCCCAGGCGCUUCGCCCGCGGUGGUCUCGCCGCACCGCGCACAGUGCUGUGGGCCACCGCUUGCUACGGUUUACAAUUCAAAGCAUUUACCUCAGCCAACGGCCCGUUGAGGAAGGAGGCACCUAAAGACCCUGCAUCGAAAUCGAAGACUGCGAGCCCCAUACCUAACCCGGCAUCCGCCAGUGUGAACCCACCGAAAGAUGCACGAAAUGCGACGACCGCGAAGAAAGACCUCCUCAGCGAAACGACGCUUGCGACCAAGGAACAAAGGAAGGCAGACUGGGCUAUCAUAAAGGAAAUGGCCAAGUACCUCUGGCCAAAGGAUGACUGGGGAACCAAACUUCGUGUCGGAACAGCGCUCUCAUUGUUGGUUGGAGCAAAGAUCUUGAACGUGGAAGUUCCCUUCUAUUUCAAAAGCAUCGUGGAUUCAAUGAAUAUCGACUUCGCAACUGUCGGCGGAACAGCAUACACUGUGGCUGGUUCGAUGAUUAUUGCCUACGGAGCUACCCGAAUCGGCGCUACUCUAUUUCAAGAGCUUCGCAACGCUGUCUUCGCGAGCGUGGCUCAGAAAGCAAUUCGGAGGGUUGCACGGAAUGUCUUUGAGCACUUGCUGCGGUUGGAUCUCAACUUUCACCUCAGCCGCCAGACUGGUGGAUUAACAAGAGCAAUUGAUCGGGGAACAAAAGGUAUCAGCUUCUUGCUGACAUCCAUGGUUUUCCAUGUGGUACCUACUGCUCUGGAAAUCUCGCUCGUUUGCGGUAUCCUGACAUACCAAUACGGAUUCCAAUUUGCUGCAAUCACAGCGGUAACGAUGGUGGCAUACACUGCCUUCACCAUCACAACUACUGCUUGGCGAACCAAAUUUCGAAAACAGGCUAAUGCGGCUGAUAACCGUGGAGCGACGGUGGCUGUCGAUUCGCUGAUCAACUAUGAAGCUGUCAAGUACUUCAAUAACGAACAGUAUCAGGUGGCGCGCUACGAUAAGGCACUCAAGGCUUAUGAGGAUGCCUCCAUCAAGGUGACGACGUCUCUUGCCUUUCUGAAUUCCGGCCAAAAUAUGAUAUUCUCGAGCGCGCUGGCCGCAAUGAUGUAUCUUGCCGCCAACGGAGUCGCCAACGGAAACUUGACGGUUGGCGACCUGGUCAUGGUCAAUCAGCUCGUCUUUCAGCUCUCGGUGCCACUUAACUUCCUCGGAUCCGUGUAUCGUGAACUCCGUCAGUCUUUGCUAGAUAUGGAGACGCUGUUCAAUCUGCAAAAGGUCAACGUCAAUAUCAAGGAGAAGCCCGACGCCAAACCGCUCCAGCUCCACAAAGGAGGCGAAAUCAGGUUUGAAAACGUCACUUUCGGCUAUCAUCCCGACCGUCCUAUCCUCAAGAACGCUAGCUUCACAAUUCCUGCAGGACAGAAGUUUGCUAUCGUGGGCCCUAGUGGAUGCGGCAAGUCUACUAUCCUGAGACUCUUAUUCCGAUUCUAUGAUGUCCAGGAGGGUCGAAUCCUGAUUGAUGAUCAAGAUGUGCGUGAUGUAUCUCUUGAGAGCUUGCGCAAAGCGAUUGGAGUUGUGCCGCAGGAUACGCCAUUGUUUAAUGACACUAUUGCCCAUAAUAUCCGUUAUGGAAGAAUCGAUGCAACCGACGAGGAAGUGCGCAAGGCCGCGCAACGAGCACGCAUUGAUGCUCUGAUUCAGAAAUUGCCCGAAGGGUAUCAGACUGCGGUGGGAGAAAGAGGUAUGAUGAUAUCCGGGGGCGAGAAGCAACGAUUAGCCAUCUCUCGCCUGAUUCUGAAGGAUCCGGAGCUAUUAUUCUUUGACGAAGCGACCUCCGCCCUCGACACAUACACGGAACAGGCACUGUUGCAAAACAUCAACAGCAUUUUGAAAGAGAAGAAGCGCACCAGUGUGUUCGUGGCGCAUCGACUGCGAACUAUCUAUGACAGCGACCAGAUCCUCGUUCUCAAGGAUGGACGUGUGGCAGAAACGGGAUCCCACCGAGAAUUGUUGGAUAUAAAUGGCAUUUAUGCUGAGCUGUGGAAUGCCCAAGAAAUGUCUCUAGCACAAGAUCUCGAGUUUGAACGGGAGACUGAACGUGACGAUGUGGAGCCGAAAGAGCGGGAUAUGGCGCCCGGGCCAAAAGCGCAACAAUAG